AUGUUUAAAACUUCUUCCUAUUCAUCAUAUUUAAUUCCAACAUGGUUUAAAAAACCACAAACUAAACAAACAACAUCAAUUGAUCCAUCAACUAUACCAAAAUCUUUUAAUAUAUCAAAUGAUGAUAAUAAAUUAAUUAAUAUAUUAAUGAAAGAACAUCAUCAAAAUAUUGAAGAUAAAGAAGGAGGAGAAGGAGAACAAGAAGAAGAAUUUAUUGAUAUUCAAACUAAACAAUUAAGUUAUGCAGAAGUAGCAUUAUUAGGACAAAAUAAAAAACAACAAACUACCAAUAGUAUUGGAGGAAAUUAUAAAUUUAAAUCAAAACCAUCAAAAGGUAAAAUAUUAAAUAAUCAAUAUAAUGUUUUGACCAGAACCAAAGAUGGUGAUAAAGAUUUAGAACAUUUAGAAGAUUCAACUAAUUUUGAACCUUUUAAAAAUGAUGAUGAAUAUUUAAGAUCUUUAAAUUAUAAGAACAAGCAAUAUAAAUCAAUUAAAGAUAAAAAAUUAAAAUCAAAAAAUUAUAAACAAAAGUUAUCUAAAUAA